AUGACUCGGUGCCCGCUGUUGUGCCAGAUGACUCAGUGCCCGCUGUCGUGCCAGGUGACUCAGUGCCCGCUGUCGUGCCAGGUGACUCGGUGCCCUCUGUCGUGCCAGGUGACUCGGUGCCCGCUGUCGUGCCAGGUGACUCGGUGCCCGCUGUCGUGCCAGGUGACUCGGUGCCCGCUGUCGAGCUUGGUGACCCGGUGCCCGCUGUUCUGCCGAUGACUCGGUACCCGCUGUUCCGCCCGAUGGCCCGGUGUCCGCUGCCUCGCCCGAUGGCCCGGUGCCCGCUGCUCCGACUGAUG